UUUCCCCUUAAAAGUCCAUAUCUGUGGUUGUGCUGUUAUACCCUAUCUAUUUUGGGGGCUCGCACGUGUCGUUUGGCUGUUUCUCGGAACCGAUCAGCAACUAACUCCUCCGUGCCUAUAAAAAUUUAUUUCCUCUCGGGAGAAUGGAAGGUCAUUUCAGACAGGAUGAUGCCACCCUCAACUCAAGCUUGUGUGGCUCUUUUGGGAGGGAAGGCAUCCCCAUAAAUGGGAGACUCCUCUCUCCAUGCCAAACUCCACCAUCUACAAAAAGAGACCGCAACCCAAGUCACAAAGAUGGAAGGCCCACCCCAACAGGCUCCUUCCCCACCACGCCCACCUCCUGAUCUCUCCCUCACCUUGGCACCAUCCUCACCUUCCGGCCGUGACCCCAGGGACGUGAGGCUCUUCCCUUGCCUCUUCUGCAACAAGAAGUUCCUCAAGUCCCAGGCUCUUGGAGGCCACCAGAAUGCCCACAAGAAGGAGAGGAGCAUCGGGUGGAGCUCCCAACUCUACCAGACGUCCCCAGCCACCCACCUGAGCCCACCUCCCUUCCCCAUCGCGUCCCACUCUUGCAAACCCCUCCCUCCGGGCCGUCCCUUCACCGCCGACCACCCCCAGAGCUUCGAUUCCUAUGGAGUCCCUCGCUUCGCCACUCGCCACCCCUGCUUAGCCACCGUGAGCAGCAGUAGGGCGUUGUGCGCCGCCAGAGACCCCUCCGCAGGCUGCAGCGAGACGAUCGAUCUCCUCAACUGGCGGAGGGCCUCUCAUCCACCGCCGGUUCCCGCCGCCGACGAGAAUGAUCGGGAUCCUUCUUCAUCUACCUGUUGUAAUGAUGAAGACAACACCAGGCUCGACCUCUCCUGCUUAGCCACCGUGAGCAGCGAGACGAUCGAUCUCUUCAACUGGCGGAGGGCCUGUCAUCCACCGCCGGUUCCCGCGGCCGACGAGAAUGAUCAGGAUCCUUCUUCAUCUACCUCUUGUAAUGAUGAAGACCACACCAGGCUCGACCUCUCCUUAAGGCUCUAGACCGUGCUUAUGUCAGUCGUAACUUAGAAUCAGCCUUCUUCUUAUUGUUCUUUAUUUUAUUUUAUUUUAUUUUAUUUUUCUCAUCUUUCUUUUUGCUUGCUAUUAUAUAUAUAUAUAUAUAUAUAUCUUCUUUUGUUGCUUUGGAUUGUUUGGGUUUGGCUUUCCAUGGCUGUAAGGGAGUUGAUAUUGCUGGCUACUGCUGUUGGGGGUCCAGCAGUUUGGCAGAGAGAGGAAAGGGUGGAUGGGAAGAAGACAUAUGCAUGUGAUACAGCUUGCUUUGUGUUUGGUGGUGGUGGGGGUGCUGAUAAUGAAAAUGGGUGUACGUUUCUUAAGCUGUUAGAUCAUGUUCCCCCCCACUGCAUCUUUUCAUUUCAUUCUGGAAAAGCUUGGCCUAUCAAACUCAC